AUGUGUAUGCCUUUACUAUCACCUGCUUCUGGAAUUAUUCAAUUUGAAAUGUCUGAAGGCCAAGCAAUGCAGGCUGGUGAACUUAUAGCAAGACUUGAUUUAGAUGAUCCUUCAGCUGUGAGAAAGACAGAACCUUUCAAUGGGACCUUUCCUAUCUUGGGACCUCCAACUGCAAUGUCUGAUAAAGUUCAUCAGAAAUGUGCUGCUAGUAUAAAUGCGGCACGAAUGAUUCUUGCAGGUUAUGAACACAACACUGAUAAACAGAUCAAAAAUUGUGGUGAGAGUGUUUUCCAGCAGAUAGUUGAGCGUGAUAUCUUACAUGAAAUGGUUAAAAUAGUAAAGAAGAAGCCAGACUUGAAUGUGAGGGAAAAGAUACUAAUCCUAAUUGACACAUGGCAAGAAGCCUUCGGGGGACCUCAGGGGAGAUAUCCUCAAUACUAUGCAGCAUAUAAUGAACUGAAGGCUGCUGGAGUUGAAUUCCCACCUCGAGAAGAGAGAAGUGUACCAUUCUUUACUCCACCCCAGACCCAGCCAAUAAUUUCUCCUGUUACUGAAUACAAUGAUGCUGCUAUUGAGGCCUCUUUACAGUCUGAUGCUUCGGGCCUCAGGUACUAUCUCGAUGACAACUGA